CUUGAAACCCUAAGCUGGUGAAAAAUCCUCCGCCACUGUGAGAGAGAGAGGGAGAGAGAAAGAGAAUCGGCGAAGAUGGUGAAGUUCUUGAAACCCAACAAGGCGGUGGUCCUUCUGCAGGGUCGUUACGCCGGCCGAAAAGCGGUGAUCGUUAGAUCCUUCGACGAUGGAACUCGUGACCGUCCUUACGGUCACUGCUUGGUUGCUGGAAUUGCUAAAUACCCCAAGAAGGUGAUUCGCAAGGACUCAGCGAAGAAGACUGCGAAGAAGUCCCGUGUGAAGGCUUUCAUCAAGCUUGUGAACUACAACCACAUCAUGCCUACUCGUUACACCCUCGAUGUGGAUCUCAAGGACGUCGUCUCAGCCGAUUCUCUCCAGUCUCGGGACAAGAAGGUCACGGCCGCUAAGGAGACCAAAGCUCGUCUCGAGGAGCGGUUCAAGACUGGGAAGAACAGGUGGUUCUUUACCAAGCUCAGGUUCUGAGGUGAUUUUUGUUUUGCUAGGGUU